UCCCAAUACGGUUUGAGAUAUACUGAAUAUAUUAAUGACUAGUUUAUGAAUGAAGUUGUAAUACAUAUACGCCAGCUGUGUGAAUAUAAUGUUAACAGGUUGUUUUGUGUUCAUUUUAUUUAUAAUUUGAUUCAAAGAUUGCAUUGUAUAUCGCAAUGAAUUGUGGCUGAUUUUGAAUUAUAAAGUGUUUAUACGAUAUCGGACUUAAACUAUGGCGAUGUGCAAUUUAUACAGGAAUUAAUAAUCUAUGGAAAUGCAAAUUUGAUAAAACGGUACUUUAGAGAAGGGAUGUUACAUUGACAAAAUACACCUGCACCAUGCUGCAAUAUUAAAAUGAAGACCACGUGACAUUAGCAAUGUAUUGACACAUUCUAUAUCAUCUUUAUACACGCAUCAACAACAAAAAGUAACAGAUAGACUCACUAAGCCACAAUGAGUUGGUGAAUAAAAAAGCCUGUGUGCAAAAGUGUAACGAGUUUACGGGUCACAGGAUACCAGUAUUUCUGAUUUACCUCGUUUACAUGCCUCAUAAAAGACGUAAAGUUUGAGGAGAAAUGUAACAUCUUAAAAACGAUCUGUGAUUUGUAAACGGAUUUGUUUGACGAGUUUGAAGAGGUUAUGAAAACAGCAUAUAAUUCACAGCGUGAAGAGAAAAAUACGUUAAAAUUAAACCGGUCCGGUUAUUCAUGACGUAUAGAUGUGUAAAUAUAUAUCUUUAAACUAGUGUGGUAAAACGAUAUGAUAGAUUGAUUAUUAAUAUGAAACAUUUAUAGAAAUAUUUAGUUUGGAAAGGGAUUUAUUACAUAGUAUCGAAGGUUUGUGACAAAACAAAUAGAAAGCGGAGCAAACAAAUAUGUGAACUAAACCGGGUCAUCUGUGACUAAUUAAUACAUGUGGGGAAAUUGUGGAAAUAAUGAUAUUCAUAACAUAUGAAAAACAUUUUUAAAUAUAAAAUUGGAUGUAUGGGGAUGUUUGUAUCGUAUAAAAGUACAAUGAUAGUGUUUGCAAGUAUAUAGGAGACUAGAUUAGACCAGGCUUGACUAGACAAAGUUCACAUAAACAGAGUAGUUAAAAACCUAGUGGUUUAAUUCACCAUGACAUUUGUUGGCUCGCUCAUGCAUGAUUUCCAACAAUAAAAGAUUGAAAUGAAGUGAAAAAUAUUUUAAACACGAAUACGUGCCGAAAGGUUCAAGGAAUAUACGGGCUUGUGUUGAGAUUUCACACGACCAAAGCCUUUUGAUGAUGCAAUUAUUUGUUAACUGCUUUUACGCCUGUAUAUUUCUGUGGUGUUUGAAAACGGGUCAUGCUGCAUCCAAUUCGGUGAACACAACUGAUGCACCAAACGUUGAAAACAAAACUAUGUCUACAGUAAAGUUAAAUGAAACAACAAAAGACAUGCUGAACACUAAAUCAAAUAGUUUUGAUAUUGAAAAUAUGAAUUUUACAGAGACUUCCCCUUCAUAUAUUGAUGAUAAAUCUGCCAAAAUUAGAAGUCAAACGGACGUAACAACUUCAAAGUUUGAAAACAGUACAGAUGACGAAGAAAACGAUACUAAUAACGCUGAGUCUGGUUUCAAUAUAGCUUUAAUACCAGCCGCUGCUGUGUUUAUUUUAGUUGUUAUAAUUUGUUUCAAAUGCUGCAAGUGGUUUCGGAAAUACACAAAGGGAGAUGAUAAAGAUGUUAAAUACUACGCAGUGAUUCUUACAGAUGAUGACGAGGGUCAUGUGAAUAUUGACACCAUUUCAUCCAACACUUCUCUUCUGACAAAAAGUGAUAAAACUGAUAAAGAGGACAUAAUGGAAUCCUAUAGAAACUCGCUAAAAGGGAACAAAAACAAAUUACCUCCACCAAUUAGAAGUGUUGGCGACCAAGCUGUUAUGUAUGAUAAACGAUUGUCGAAAUCUUCAUUGUCUAAUGAUAGAAAGGAGUUUGCCUACAAUCCUAUAGUCAGUUCCGUGAAACGCAAUGCUAAAUUGAGCGUGUCAUUUAGUGAAGCAUCAGAAUUAUCAGACUUUGAAUUAAGUGAUUUUGUUGGAAUGACAAAACAACCAAAUAACGUUCGCUGCUCUGUAAGAAAAUCAACAACGGACCAAUCCGACGUUUCUUCAACGAAGAGUUCACCUGUCAAAGCUGUAACGGAAAAGAUGAUGACUAAUGUUGGUACUCAAACUAACAAAUCAUUUAGGUCUAGCUUACGCAUGUCAAAAGUGCAUAUGAGCGAAAGUGAUAUAGAACGAAGGAACACACGUAAGUUACGCAUGCCAUCUCUAAUGAUAGAUGCGCAAAAGUGCCAAGCAAGAGACGGAACUGACAGUGACACUAGCAAAACGGUUGGUGCAAGCGAAUUUAAUAAGCUUGCAACACAUUCUGAUUCAAUACCAGUUAAGGACACACAUAGUUGUAAGGCUAAUCUUUCACAAAUUUCAAAAUAUCCGAUUGAUACAAAUGUCGAGGUAAAAGAGAAUAUUGGAGAAACUAAAGUCGCAAUAGAGAUCGAUUCUGAUUUGUUUGAUGACGUUUUUGAUGAUGAUGUGAAAGAAAGAAACUCCCCACAAAACGCUGAUGAUAUGAGGCUCUCUUCACGACCAUUUUUAAACACCCUUAAAAAUGACCAAACAGGAAGAGUGGAUCACGUGAACGGAUCAUUUGCUCAAACUAGCACAUUUUUAUGUAAUAUUUGCAAUGCAAAUCUUAGAAAAGACAUCGAAGAGAAUAUAUGUGAUACAGACGGCUUAUGUCUUCACGAUGACAUUCCAACGACUCGUGUAUUGUGUAAUGGAUGCAAAUUAUUAAAUAUGAAAGAGAAGACAGAAUUAUGUGAGACAGCUAAUUCUGAGGCAAAUGAAAGGACGUUGACAAGUCAGUGCCAUGACACAAAGGUGAAUGAUCGACCAGCAAGUUCUUCAUCCCUGGAGAGCAGUGGAUACGCUGAAUUGUCUUCCAGUGAAUAUAGCUCAGGUUCACAUUAACAUAUUUAUUGACGUUGGUCAAUUCAUGUUAUUCCAUAAUGCUAUUUCCAGAUAUAGACUGUUAUAUUCUUAAGUGCAAAACGAACAUGUACAAAUAUGCUUCUCAUUUACCUCUUUUUAACCCUGCAAAUGGAAAAGGUAUGCACUCUCGCCUAUUGUAUGCAGUGUCGAAAUGAUCUUUUAAAAAGAUAAAAACGAUUUAGUGACUAGAUAUUGGAAACUUUCAAAAUUUAAUGUUAUUCUCUCAAUUAUUAAGCUCAAGCAAGCUAUACGAGGUUAAAUUCAGCGUGCAUGGGUUUGUUAGUCUUUGUUUUAAGUUUUGUGCGUUUUUUAUAUAAAAAUCUGAAAACAAAGUGAUCCCUCGGAAGCAUUAAUCACACUAAAAUUACAAGAGAAUUGCAGACUCGGUUUGAUUGAGUCUGUACAUGAGAGAUAGAACAACAGCUUUGCUUUGACAUAUGCUAUUUUUAUUUUACACUUUUAUUUUCCAAAAGUUUUUCUUAUAUUUUAUUUUACACUCAUAUUGAGUAAUAUCAUAUUUGAAAAGCAGAAAUCUAAUUACAUAUAUUAUAUAAUUAGAUAUUGGAAUAUUAAACACCCAAAAGAUCCAUUUAAGUUUUAACACCAAAAAUAUCCAAAUAAAAUUUUAACAUAAGAAUUAAAAAUUCUAGAAAAAGUUACUAAAAAUUCUCAGCCACCCUUUUAUCUUUCUGUACGCAUUUGCUUCUUUGCGAUUGGGCUUACAGCAUUAAUAACCUUCACCCUGCAGAAUUUGUUAGAUGCUUUUGCGAAGCUUUGAAAUUGGAACAGUAUCAAUAUCAAAAUAUAAAAAUUGACAUAACAGUUAAAGAGCCUGCCGGACCGCAAGGAUGCGUAUGCUGGCCUGGCACUAUACUGGUGGCAAAUGCUUAACUUGUUUUGAUACACAGAAGGUUAAUUGUUUAAGUUAAUUGCGUUAUGCUCAAGUUAUGUAAGAUAAUCUCUACUGGUAUCAGGGUAACAUACAACAUUGUGUAUUAUAAAUUUUGCAAUUUUAUUAAUAAAACACUCGCAUAAUAUUUCCUUUUAUAUUAAAUUAUAAAUGCAAAUAUAUACAUCGAUUUUUUUUAUUUCAAAACGCCAAUACAAUUAUACGCAUUUCAUUCAACAAAUAUAUAUUUUAUUACAUGUUGAUUUCUUUAAAGAAAAAUAUUUUCACAUGUAUCUCACAUGAACUAAAUAAAUGUAAAGAAAUUCAA